AUGGGAGGAGCGGCGACCCAGGCCGACUCGUUCGCCGUCCCGCUGAGCCGCGACGCCGGAUCACUGGCCGCCCUCGACAUCACCGGCGGUGGCUGGGUCGGCGACCUGGACAGUGACAGCAUCCCAGAUGUUGUCACCAUCGAGUCGGAUGGCAUCCGCGUCGCGCACGGCAUGCUCACAGGCGCUACACCAGUCCUCGUCAACACCAUCAUUGGUGAUCACCAAAACUCGUUCGAGAAGAAGCGGGUGUUUGCCAACAAGCAUCAAACCGUCCGCUUCUUCGAUCUCGACACGGACGGCAUCAAGGACAUGUUCUGGUCAUCUUGGGCAACCUCUACCCACUCGGGCUACAAUCACCAUCUUACCUGGUACCGUGGCCUCGGCGAUGGCGUCUUUGACGAGACUCGUAACACCGUGUACUCGUUCACUUCGCAGUGCGGCUACAUCCGUGACGUCGCUGUUGCAGACUUUAACAACGACGGCUUCAACGACCUGGCCUGGUUUACAAGCUCCGAGUGCGUCUUCUACCGCCACGCUGCUGCCCCGGGCGUCUUUGAUGCUACGUACCCCAGCGUCGAGAUCACUAACGACCUCGCCGACCACUCCGACUGCCGCUUCAUCAACAUCGUCGACUACAACAUGGACUCUAUGCUUGACAUCAUUCUCACGUGCUCGCACGGCACCAUGCCGCUCUUCCCCAACGUUGCCGCCAACAACACACAGCUCUACGCCCCCGGGCCCGUCGCCGAUACCCUUAUCGGCCGCGAGGACAUCUGGUCCGUCGAGUUCCAAGACGUUGAUCGCGACGGCGACAUUGACAUUGUCUUUGCCGAGUACGACCCUGACGUUGUUGCCUACCGCCGCAACGAGGGCGAUGGCUCGUACACAGACUUCAACUACGAUGUCGAGAAUCCCUGGCGAGUCACCGUCGGUGACAUCAACAACGACACUUACCUCGACGCUUGCGGUACCGCUCUCUACAAUCGCAUCUUCUGCUUCCUCUUUGACGAGUCCUCGAACCAGUUCUCCAUCGCAUCACUCUUUGAUGCGCCCGGCGCCACCAAUGCCACUUCCAUCAAGAUCAUCGACAUGGACGGCGACGGCUUGCCCGAUAUUGUCGGCCUUGACAACAUGCAGAACUACGACUGGAAGUUUGACAUCCAGCGCUCCAUCCACUACUAUCGCAACCAGCUGUAUGAGCUCCCGGGCCGGAUAUUCGACCUCAAUCGACCUGUCGGCCACGUCGCCGGAGUCCGCGGCGAGUCCUAUGUCUUUUCCAUUGACGACUUUUCCGGCGAUGGCGUCGGCGACGUUGCCACCAUCCACCUCACCACCAACUCGCGCUCGCUCUCGCUCUAUGUCACGUCCGGACCAGGCACUGGCCAUUCGCUUGCUGUCGCCACCCCGCGCUACGGUUAUCAGCAGCUUGUCGUUCCGCUGAGUGGCAUCCCGCGCGCCUCGCUCUUUGGUGACCGCGACGCCGAUGGCGACGUCGACAUUCUGAUCGCUGUCGGCGGGUCGAACUCGCGGCUUGUCUUCGUCCGCUCGUUUGCUGCAGGGUCCGGCGCCGUCCCGGGCAGUGGCGCCAACUUUUCCACGCCGACAAACCUCGGGUCCGGCCUCGAUCCCAGCGAUGAGCCGCAUGCCAUGCAGCUUGUCGACUUUGCCGGCUCUAGCAGCGCCCGCGAUGUCGUCGUUGCCUGGCAGCAUGCCACCACUUCCGGCUACAUCGCAGUCUACUCGGUCGACACGUGGGCGACCGCAACGCAAGCAACCACCACUCGUACUGUUGUUGCCGACGGCCUCGUUCUCCCGAACACACUCGCCGUCGCCGACAUCGAUGCCGACGGAAGCUUGGACAUUGUCGUCAACGACUACUACACUGUCUAUGCCUAUCGCAACGUCAACAACUCGCUCUCGCAGCUCGUGCGGACGCUGGUGGCAAGCCCAUACCCGGCCGAGGAGGCGAACUUCUUCACCUCGAUGCAUGUUGUCGUCGGUCACCUCAACCCACUCGAGGACGCCCACGUCGACCUCGUUGUCCAGGCCAACGAGUUCUACAUUUACAACUUUAUGGGCCUCGGGCCCGACACGAGCGGAGCGCCGGCUUUUACAUCCUUCCGCGACACACCCAUCAUCCGCGUCUUUGAGCGGAAUCAGGGCGCAAAUCAAGCGGUCAAGGGCCUUGCCCUUGUCGACGUCGACACUGACGGCUACAUCGACAUCAUGUUUCCCACCACUCGUGGCGUUGCCUUUCUUCCCAACCUCGGCUACCCCGGCGCGAGAAAGGCCUCGCAGCUCGUUGACCGUGAUCCUCUGGAGGAGAUGUACAUCUCAGCUUCGACCGCUGCAGACUACAACCGUGACUCCCACGUCGACUUUGUCAUCUACCACCCGGCGAGCGAAGAGAGUGGACGGCUGCGGUUCUUCUUUGACUCGCCGACCUUUGAGGUCUCGUACGACGUCUGGCUCGAGCUCGGCGGUCGAGUCGUCGCCCUUGAGUCUGCCGACGUCAACAACGAUGGCGUGCAAGACGUGGUCUUUGCCACCGGCUACCAGCACAACACCAUCGGCUGGAUUCCCAACAUCGGGCCGCCUCUUUACUUUCGGGCCGAGGACGUGGUGAUCAUCACCGCCAACACCACCCUCGACGCGCCGGAUCUUGUCGGCGUUCACCGAAUGCAUGGCCAGCUGCUACCGCUGGCCAACAGCUCGGACCCGGUGUACUCAGUCUUUCUCCUCGCCGGCGUCGCGGGCACCGUCGGCCUCUUGCCGGGCAACGCAUCCGCAAGCGGCCGCUUUGACGACCCGUACGUCCUCGCCGCCCUCCCGGAUGAGACCUGUAACUUUGCACAUGACAUGGCGGCCGCCGACAUGACUGGCGAUGGUGCGCCCGACGUGCUUGUCGCCUGCUACAAGUCCGACCGGGUCAUGUUAGGCGUGUCCGCGCCGAGCGUGGCAGGCGCGCCGUGGGGCAUGGCGCCGUUUGUCGAGCUCCAACCCGACAGGACCGGUGACAUCUGGACACUCUGUGCCAUCGAUCUCAACAACGAUGGUCUUGUUGACCUCGUCACCGGUGCCGAGUGGGUUGAGAACGCAGCGUAUGCCGUGAACCUGGGCACGCCGUUGGCGCCGCUUCUCGGUCCGCCCCGCAUCCUCCUCCCGCAGUACGCCGAGUGGCGCGACCUAAGCCCGGCCGCCGAAGACCGCCCGGCAACGACGGUGGGCAUGGCAGUGGCCGAUUUUAACCUCGAUGGCUGGAGUGACAUCAUCGCAUUUCCAACCUCGCGCAGUGUCGUCCUCUACCUCAACGUCGGCGGCAUGUACAACGAGACCGAGUUUGACGACACGUCUUCAUCGGCCGGUCGGUCGCGGCUCCGCAUCGUCAACCGGUGGUACGACAUCCGCAACAAGUACGCCUCCGAAACACGUGCCAACUACGCGCAAGUCCUUGAUGUUGAUGGUGACGGCUACCCGGACUGGCUCACGUCCUCGCAGUGGACAUACACCCGGUCGGCAGGGUACGCCGGCAUCAACUCGGUCUUCCGCACUCUGCGGGCGCCGGCCCGGUUCCGGGUCCCGGUUGAGACGUGCGGCUACACGCUGACGUGCGUCGUCGACACUAUGGUCCGCCACCCGGGCACGUACAACCUCGACAUUGUUGAGCUACCGCAAGGCACGUACUCUGGCUGCUGGAAGGACCAACCGCAUGUACUUUCGCGGUCGGUUCAUCUCCUGGGCAUCGGGCAUGUCGUUGUCGACUGUGGACCCGGCGGCGGUACACUGUUUGCAUCCUCCGAACCGGGCAUUGUCAUUCAGCUGGAAAACCUGACCGUUGUCCGCGCCACAACGACGUCAGUCCAGUUUGGCGGUGCAGUGCUCGGCGUGACCGACGGCACUGUUAUCCUCCGCAACGUCACUCUCGCCAACUGUACUGCCCGCCAGGGCGACGAUCCCACCGUGGCAUCGCCGACCUUUGGCUUUGGAGGCGCCAUCCUGCUCCGCGACAGCGCGUCGCUUGUGGCCUACGACAGCGUGCUGGCGUCGAACACUGCCGACCGCUCGGGUGGCGCGGUCGCGGCAGUCGGUGCAGACGUCCACGUCGAACUCGAGCGUGUGGUCUGCGCCUGGAACUCUGCCGAGGUAUCGGGCGGCUGUAUCUUUGUCGAGUCGUCGGGUGGCACGUCACGGGUUGUCAUCAACAACUCCAUGCUCACCGACAACUCCGCGGCCGGCGUCUCGCCGUCGUUCACCUCGGCACGGGUCGGUGGCGUUCUUGCGGUCACCGCCAUCCGUGGCGACAUAGAGAUUGAGGUCUCGGGCAGCGUGCUCUCGCGCAACGUUGUGCGCGACGGCGGAGGAGCGCUCCACGCACACUCGAUCAAGUCCGCGGAGAUAGACGUGCGGGUGAAGUCGAGUGAGCUUAAUGAGAACGAGGCCACCGAGGGCUCGGGUGGCGCGCUACUGCUCGAGGCUAUUCAGGGCUCGGCCUGUAGGCUGUGGGUGGGCGGGAAUGCAGAGCUGGCGCGCAACCGCGCGGCCAAGUCUGGCGGCGCCAUUGCGCUCGAGGCCCACGGCGUGAGUGCGACUGUUCGACUCGACGUCACCGGCGGUACGUCAGUCGUCGACAACAUGGCUGGCCACCACGGCGGUGGCAUGAUGCUUGCCGGCCAGCAGGCCGACGGUCGGCUCGACGGCGGGGCAGUGAUUGUGACAAAUGCGGCUCGACGGCUCGGCGGUGCGCUGGCGGUGGUUGGUGGCGGCUCGUUUACGAGCGCUGAUGCUCAGAUGCGUGAAAACGAGGCAUCGUUUGGUGGUGCCGUGGCUGCCGCCUCCGAGUCGCAGUACCUGCGCGGGGUGACGUCGGCGAACGGGUUUCCGAUCGAGCCAUCAAGCUCAUCGCUGGAGGCGCUCGCGAUGCCUGUCGGGAGUGAACCAGCUGGAUGCGUCCAACGCGGAGUGGUGGAAAUAAGAGAGACUGCACUGGUGCGAAACCGGGCAGUGUACGGCGCGGUUGGAUUUGCCUGUGGUGCCAGGGUGGUGCUGGCCGGCUCGGGGAACGAACCGUUUGAGCUGGACCCGACAAAAGCUGUUGAGCAGAUGCUGCCUGCCACAGGGAUGUUCUUUGUCUGCCACGCACAAGCGGGUUACUGCGCGUCUGGGUCUGACCCAUGCUGCACAGCGCCGGAGGUGAGCACCAGCUAUGGCAGCUUCCUGCGGAGCGCGCCGUGGAUCGAUGUCGCGCCAGCGAUGGAGGUCGUGGUCAACGCGAGUUUGCCUGCUGUUGUCGACGCGGUUGGGUACGCGCCGCUGGUUGGCGGCCCGUUGGUGUCUUUAGCGUGGGUUAGCAGCCUCCCGGCGGUCAUCUCGUCAGGCACGCUCUUUGGCGCGGGCGCCGGGCAAGUGAUGGCCCUCGACGGUUUUGGCCAGGUUGUGGUCGACCCACAAGUGAUGGUGGCGAUGGAGCUCGCGGAUCUCUCGCUCGAGAGCGCGUAUGCGUUUGUGGGCUCUGGGCGACAGCAGCCGCUGGAUGCCGAAGUCCUUGCCUUUUCGGGCGUGGGGGUGGCAGCGCGGAUCGGUGCCGACGUUGGGGUGGCAGUCGAACUGCAUGUGCAAGUGGCGCGGUCUGCGAUGUCGCUGGAGCUUGCGCCGGGUGCACGAAUCAGUGGCUCGGUUGUGGUGCAGGCAUGCCUGCCCGGCUCGGGUGCGCUGGUCAAGUCAGGCUCGACCGUCCUCGAGUGCGCUCUCUGCACCGAGGGCACGGUUUCUGCCGAGACCUCGCUGGAGCCGUGCGAGAUCUGUCCCGAGUCGACCGUUCUGACCGGCAUCGGGGCGACCGAGUGUCUCACGUGCCCGGUCAACGCGCAGGUUGAACAGGGCUUUGUGCCUGUGGCCGGUGGCGGACUCAACUGUACCUGUAUUCCGGGCUACUUUUCGAUGCUCCGCGAGAUCAACGAGCCGUGCAUCGAGUGCCCCGAGGGUGCACGGUGUGACGGCGGGCUGGCGAUGCCUGUGGCUCUACCGGGCUACUUUCCGACCAACGAGCCGGGUGUGUUCCUCGAGUGCCCGAACGCGCGGGCGUGUCGUGGUGGCUACCCGUUUGCGUGCGCCAAGGGCUACACCGGGCGGCUGUGUGGGGCGUGUGCCCGCAGAUACUAUGCGCUCUCUGGUGAGUGCUACAAGUGCGACAACCGGACGCUGCCGUUGUUGGGGCUGGUGAUGCUGCUCUCUGUGCUUGUGGUGGGUGUGCUCGUGUGGCUCAACGCAAAGGAGGAGCUGAGCUACAAGUUUGCGGCGGCCAUGAUUGGCUUCAACUCGCUGCAGAUCAGUGCAAUGUACGGCCAGUUUGAGCUGCCGUGGUCGAACUUUGCGGCGCAGUUCUUCAACGUGGUCUCGUUCUUUAACCUCAACUUUGACCUGAGCUCGCCCGAGUGUGCAACGGUGACGGACGACGUGUGGCUGCUCAAGUGGUGGAUCACGGUCCUGCUCCCGCUGCUCUUCCUCUUUCCGUUUGCCGCUGUCUACUGUGGCUUCCUGGCCUACAAGGCGCACCUCGCGCCGCGAAUGGGCCGGGACGUCAAGCUGACGGUCGGCGCGCUGCGGGAUGCCUGUCGGCGGGCUUACCUGCAGCUGAUGGUGCUGCUGUACCUGCCGCUGGCGGCGAUGGCAAUGAGCUAUCUCCAGUGCCGCCGCGACAAGGACGGGCGGUGGGUCCUCGAGGCUGCGCCGGCCAAGAGCUGCUACGGAACGUGGUACUGGAACUACUUUGGCAUGGCUGUCCUCUUCAGUGCGAUCUACUGCGUCGGGCUCCCUCUAGGAGUCUUUGCGCUACUCACUCGGCUCAAGCGGGUGAGCAAUCCCGACCUGUUCAGCCUGCGGUAUGCGUUUCUGGUGGGGCGGUUCUCGCCGGCCAACUAUCGAUUCGAGGUGUGGAUCAUGGCGCGCAAGGCCGCGGUUGUGCUGGCCAUGACCUUUUUCCGUGCUCCAUUGACCAAGGCGAGUGUGGCGCUGUUUGCUCUUGUAAUGUCGUUUAUGCAGCUUGCGCGGUACCUGCCAUACGAAACAAUGUUCCACAACCAGCUCGCGCUGCUUUGUCUUGGCUCAUGCAUGGUCAUCCUGUGGUCGGGCACGUUUGCAGAGGCUAGCUUCCGUAACGGAACGGCGAUGGCCGCAAUUAUCGUCAACGUCCUCGCCAUUGUUGUUGGCAACAUCAUAGACCUCAUCCUCAUCGCGCGGCGGAACAAAAAGCUCGAGGCCGAGUUUGACGCCGUGUUUGGUGAGGGCGAGUCGUUUGGCGGCAGCCAGAUCUUUGACAUGGAGCUGGACAACCUUGGGACGCUCGAUCAGGCCACAGUAGGCACCUCGCCAUUUGUUGUGCUCGACGGCGGCAGCGCGGGCAGCAGCGACUUGCCCGAUGCGCAGCUGUCAUCUUUCGUGGUCUCGAGCAAGGACCUCCCGCCGCCGCCGCCGCCGCUGGUUUCGGCAUCGCCGAUGACUUCGAUGUGCGACGCGUUCGACUCUGCGGCCUUUGUCACUACGCUGCACUCGCCCGAGGCACAGGCGAAACCCCGGCUCUCGUCGCUCGAGCAUGACACCACCUUGGUUGCGCUCUCAUCAACGCCAGCGCCGCCGCCUAUGCCCACCGAUCAGGAGCUCUUUGUGUCUGUCAUGCAAGUCCAGCCGAACAAGCGGCUUGGGUCGAGCUCAAGCUCAAGCUCGGGCUCGAGCUCGAGCUCGAGCCCAAGCUCGCGUUCGAGCUCGUGAGGCAAAGGAAUGCAUAGCCGUCGUUGGUCCUAUCGGGCGGCUCGGGCUCGGGCUCGGGGUCAUCAUCGUUGUCGGCGGCCGCAUCAUCGGCCCCAAUCUCUUCUGCCAGACAUUAUUGGUCACCCAGGGGCUGGCCACAUCGUAAAC